CGGUAAUGUAUAGUCAAGUGCAUAUCACGCCCCUAGUGCAGACGCGUAACCACCUCGGAAAGCCGCGCAUGCGGUCCUCGCUGACCUGCCCACGCUCGGAUGGGUUUCUCUAACUGACAUCUGUAGGGGCACCUGGCGCGCAGCGAGGCACAGGACGUUGCACGAUGGGCACGGCGCAAUCGGCUGCAGCACCGGCCUGUCUGCUGCCCUGGGGCCGACGGCGGAACGCGGGCACCAGGCCUGGCAGCCCCCGCAGCGCCGCCGUCAACCCCGCGUCAUCAGCACAUACGCCCCUCGGCGGCUGCAGCAGCAGCAAGGCUCCGCAGCUGCAAACCCAAAAACAAACCCAGCCCAUACCGAGAGGCACGCGCCAGCUAUUGUUGACAUGUGGAGACCGCACGGCAGCGGCAGUCGUGCCGUGCGGCCGCCGUGCCUUUGCCAACGACCCGCGGCCCCAGCAGCGGGAGCUAGCGAGGCAGCUGGGCCUGAACGGCAGUAGCACUGGCAACGGCAGUAGCACUGGCAACGGCAGUAGCACUGGCAACGGCAGUAGCACCGGCAAUGGCAGCGGCGGCAUGCUUUCGCUCCUCGGCACAGUGGGAGCAGGCAGCGUGGAGGGGAAUGGGAUUGGGAAGGGGACGGUGAACGGGAAGGGGAGGGAGGGCGGGAAAGACACGGGCACGAACACACAGGAGGGCGAUGCUGUGGUCACGGGGGUGCUGGCAGAGCCCUACGGCCCCCUGGUCCCCUUCUACCUGCUGCCCUCCCUGGACGGCUGGGGAGGCCGCACGUACCGUGCCGUGGCCGGCCCCCCGCCCCCCUGGCACCUGCACAGCCAGGGCCCCGACCCCGCCUUCGCCGCGGUUGUAGCGACCCCGGCUCCGGCUACUGCUGUGGCUGCUGCCACUGAGCUUGUAGCCGGCGCCGCAGCUACGCGUGCUGCUACAGCCGCCACGGACCUCUCCAGGUGGAAUCAGCAGCAGCAGCCGCAGCAGCAGCAGCUGCAGCAGGGGCGGCAGCGGCAGGGGCAGCAGCAGCAGCAGGGGCAGCCGGGGCGGUGCGGCUCAGUGGUUGGGAAGCUGCUCUCCCGCCUGGCCGGGCCCUCAUCAGGCAGUAGCACCAGCACUAGCGGCAGUAGCGGCACCGGCAGUAGCAAAGGCGGCGCCAGCCCCGCGCCCAAGCCGGCCCUGACACCCCUGCCCAUGACACCCGCUCCGCAUUUAGAGCCGGUGGCGUGGGAGGCGCUGGCGGCGGUGCGGCGGCGGCUGACGGAGCGUCGCAGCGGGCAGCAGCCGCAGCCGCAGACGCAGACGCAGACCAAGGGUGGUGAGGGCGGCGUGGGCGAUGGCAGCGGCAGUGCUGCCGGCUCCACUGGCGCUGGCGCUGCUACUGCUGCCGCUACUGCCGACGACACCGCCACCGUGGCGGCUGUAGCGCUGCUGACGCAGGUGCGGCGGCACGGCUACGCGCUGGUGUCCUUUCCCGCGGUCGCCCUGCCGCUGGAGGUGCACGUGGCGGCACUGCCGCGCGACACCGCCGGCACGGCCCCGCCGGCUGGUGCAGCAGUCGCAAACAUCGGAACCGCCGCAACCACCGGAACCGCCGUAAACAACGCAGCCACGGGGACUUCAACAGCUGGAGCGGACGCAGCAACUGCAGCAGGCAGCCCAUCAUCGACGACAGCAGCAGCGGCGGCGGCGCCAGCAGUACCGACAAAUGCCACAGUGCGUGCGGAGGUAAACACAGAGCAGGUGGUGGCGGCGGUGACGCGGCAGGCCCUGGCCUUCUUCGGAGGAGAUGGAGACGGAGACGGCGGCGGCGGCGGCGGCGGCGGCGGGGCUGCAUGUGGAGCGGGGACGCCGGCGGCGCUGCGGCGGCGCUGCUACAGCCGCCAGGGCGGCGACGGGCACAAGUUCGUUGGCUACAGCCGCCAGGGUGCCCGCCAGUGGUUCCAGCUGCGGCGGUACGGCGGGCGUGUGCCGUACCCGGCGUACGACAGCUGGCGGGCGGAGGGAGCAGCAGCAGCUGGGGGGCGGCGGGGGGCGGGGGGUGCCGCUGCAGCUGCUGGAGCGGUGGCAGCGGCUGCGGCUGUGGAGGGAGCUGCGGCUGGGACGGGCGGCAGGGGACAGCAGGCUGUGGCGCCGCGUCGGCAGGAGGAGCAGGCCACAGCAGGAGGAGCAACGACGACAUACGCAUGCCCGGCGGCUGGCGGCGGUGGCGGAGGCGGCGGUGAUGGCGGUAGCGGUGGCGGCGGUGGCGGUGGCGGCGGUAGCGGUGGCGGCGGUAGCGGUGGCGGCGGUAGCGGCGUUGCCGACGUGGCCACUUGCAGCGGCAACGGCACAACCACCAACGACGCGCCGACAUCUUGUACCGCGGCGAUGCCCGCCGGUUUUGAGCCGCCGCCUGGCGCCAGCACAGCCGCGUUCGAAGAGUCAUUCGUACAGCUUUUUGAGAUAUGCCGUACCGCGGCGGUCAUGUGCUUGGCGGGGCUGGCGGCGGGCCUGGCGGCGGAGGCGGCGAUAGGAGGCGGCGGCGGCGGCAGCGGCGGCGGUGGCGGACCAGGGCAGCACCAGCCUGCGCCGGCGGAGGCGGAGGCAGCUGCUGUCGCCUUCUUCGAGUGGAUCGAGACGGAGCUGUUGGAUCCACCCAACCACCUGCCGUGGCGGCCAGUGGCGGCGCAGCGCCUGAUGACACCUGGCGCUGCGACACCGGCGGCGGCCGGGGCGCCAGAGCAGGCGGCGGUGGCGGAUGCUGGCGGCAUCGCUUCCACUGCAAUUGAAGCGCUGCAGGCGGCCCAAGGGGGCAGCCAGGACGGCCAUCCAGAGCAGGCGGCUGAAGCGGACCCGGCUCCCCAGUCCGCUGAUCCUCGCGCCGAGGCACCUGGCCGGCCUGGCUCGACCUCCGACGCACACAGCUUGGAGGUGUUUGGCAGUGACGUGCUGCGUGUGUACCAGUACUGGCGGCCGGCGGGCGCGGCUCUGCCUGGUCUGGUGGACCCGGCCACGGGGCUGCACGCAGACAUGGGGCUGGUCACGGUGGCGCCGCUGGCCUCGCUGCCUGGCCUGGUGGCGCUGCGGCGCAGUGACGGCGGCGCCUUUGUGGACGUGGAGGGGGGGCUGCUGGCGGCGGCGGCGGCUGAGGCCGAGGCAGGGCCAGACGCGGCGGGCCGGCGGCUUUUUGUGGUGUUCCCAGGCGAGGCGCUGGCGGUGGUGGCUCGCGGACGCCUGGCUGCCAACGUGCACUUUGUGGAUGAGCGAUACAUGGGCGUGCCCCGUAUCAGCAUGCCCUUCUUCUGCCGCCCCCGCCCCGCCGCCGUCAUUGCGCCGCCGCCCGCCGCCGUGGCAGCCGCCAUGGAGGUCCUUGGUCUCACCCAGCCGCCUUCACCGCCGCUACAGCCUUCGCCGCUACAGCCGUCGCCGCCGCUACAGCCGUCACUGCCGCUACAGCCGUCACCGCUACUGCCGACAGUGGCGGCGGCGGCGGCAGCUGAGGGGCCGGUGGUGCAGCCAGCCAGCAUCCGGGCGUCGGGCCGUGGCGGCGGCGGCGGCGGCGCAGGCGGCCAUAGUGACGGCGGCGGCAGCAGCGGUCCUGGAGCUGGAAAGGACAAUGCGAGCCAUGUGCCUCACAGCUUUUCCAGCCACCUGCGAAACCCCUGCCCCGCAGCGGCUGCGGCCACUGGUGGCGGGGAUGGCGGGGACGGCUGUAGCAGGGGUGGCGGGGGCGGGGUCGCGGCGGCCGGAUGGCACGGGCACGGGGAGCCGCUGACGCAGGCACGGUUCGUGGAGGAGGUAUUAUUCGUACGGCGGCCGUGGGGCCGGGCGCGGAAGGACAUGCAGGGCACAUUUGAUUACUAAGGGUUGUCUGUUGGUGGGAAUCUACGGACUUGGCCUGCCAUUCAUGUUCUUGCCAUUGUACGGUUGGCGUUACACCUGGCGGGUUGAUGCACACUGAAUGCAUCUCGCUUUCUUGUUCUGUCUAUGUGAAUGACGCUUAACUUAGAGAAAUGAGGGGUACAUAUAUAGUAUCUCCUCUCGCUUCGCCACAAAUUGCAUCGGGGCCUUAUGCGUGUCAGGCGGGAUGGAAGGCAGAAGUUGAAAUGUCUGGUCUGUGC